AGUCACCAGAAUCCAUGGUGGGCUCUUCGCAAGAUCAUGGGAUUAUGAGGCGUGCAGCCCUGACCUCGUUGCUGCUUGUUGGAGUUGGUCUGGUCGCCAUGGUUCUCGUAGCCCAAAAUGACUCAAAAUCAACCCUGCUUACUGUGAUAGGGUCUUGGGCGGCAGAUCAUUCGUCAUCUGCUGGAUCCAAACUUCAGAUCACACACAAUCUUCUUUCUGCUGUGGAGGAGCGUAAAGAUGAAACUAGCUUUUACAGCGGUGAAGCCAACAAAGAUAUUGGGAAAUCGAGCACAACCAGGACAAAAUCUGUAGCCAGCAAUAUGUUGAAAGUGCAACAAAGCACCUUUUCUUCUGGAUCGGCAAUGCAGAUGCUACCUCAAGUGAAUGUUGCGAACCCCAGCCAGUUCAUCCAAUCAGGGACGAAGUCGGCAUCAAAAGGGUCAAACAGCAAACCUGAGUCCAACAGUGAUCACUUCUAUCAUCCGCAAGCUAUCCGCGAAGUCCAAGAAGCAGUCGUGGAACAUGAAGGAAGAAAACCAGUGGGCAAGGUCACCAUCGGGUCUUGGGCUGCAGACCACCCAAAGACAACUCAAUCGUUGCAGCAAGGGAGGGUUCUCGAUCAUUUACACAAAGUUGCGGUUGUACAGGCUCUAUCAGCCAAAGCGGUGGUCCCAGAGAACAACAUCCAACAGCUAGUGAACAAUGCUGGAAUGCAACAGCCUCGAGUAGUCAAGUCACCUGCGAUUGGCUCAUGGGCUUUCGAUCACUCCAGCUUGCAUCAAGUGGUUGAAGACGCUAAACAAAAGGCUCUGCAGGCUCUCAAGAACAAGUUUUAUCACACACCAGAUGUCAGCGAGAUAGCGACAGCCAUCGUUUCCCACGACCAUACGAAGUGAUAAGCUUCAGUCCGACAGAAAAUCCAGAAAAAGACGUCUUUCAUCAACAUUGCAUCCAUGAAAGAAAUCGAUGAUUGAAGCUACUCGAUGGACGAUGUGAGGCAAAAACUUGUGAAAUUGUGUAUAAAAAGCUCGUUGUACAAGACAGGAAAUCUUAUUAGUUGAAAACUUUUUUGGAAUGAAGGCGGUUGGGAUC